UAUUAUAAGAGCCCGUAGUGCUUCAAAUACAAAGUUGUUGCAUUAACCCAGGCGCAAGAAAAGCAUGUGUCUUGAGUAAGGAAGACCUCAGAGGUCUGGCAUUAAUGGAUUUUGAUUCAGAGCAGCAUGUGUGGACCACUAUCAUUACUACUAAUAUCGUCAAUCACCAGCCACCUGCUCUCAUUAUUACUAAAACUUUCUUGUUUACUUCACUACCUUCUGUGCUUUCAAUAAAAAGAAAGAUUGACGUUUUGGGACUCAAAAUCUCUGCUUUGAAUUGGAUUUUUGUUAAAAAUGGAGUUUGGCUUAGUGGGUUUCUUAAGGGUUGCUUGGAUUGCAGGAAUUUUACCUAUAGUUAUUGCUUCUCUGCCUUUUCCUAAACUGGGUUCUUUUCAUAGAGUUAUUUUGGGGUUUUCAAAGAGAGGAAAGAUCAUGGAAUCGUCUUCUCAAUAUAAAUUUACUGUUCCUCAGAGAUUCUUCACUCAUUUCUAUGUGGUGGCUGUGGUGUGGACAACUUUCCUGCUUGUUGCAACAUGGCUAUUUGCAUACAAAACAGCACCUCUGAUCUCUGAGCCAUUUUUAUACUCUAAUAUAUCCAGCUACUUGGCAGGAGGUUCAAACAUCUUUUCAUUUCGGAGAUCUCGUUUGAUUUCUGUAGAACAUAGAUAUAGGGUUUGGCUUUCUGUAUUUUUGCUUUUGUUAAUGGAAGUUCAAGCCUUGAGACGGCUUUUGGAGAACUCAUAUGUAUUUAACUACAGCCCCUCAGCUCGGAUGCACAUCUUUGCCUAUCUUACUGGCUUGUUCUUCUACACAGCAGCACCCCUGUCACUCUGCGCCACUUGUGCGCUUGAGGUGUUUAAAUUUGGCAAAGAUGAAGCUGCUCAGUUCAUUAUUAAAGGCAAAAGCGCAAUGCAUUCCAUUGAAUUUGAUUGGUGGGACUUCGUAAAUCCUCUUUUGAAGCUCGGAUGGUACCAGUGGAUUGGUGCAACCUUAUUUCUUUGGGGUUCAAUACAUCAGCACCAUUGCCAUACAAUUCUUGGAUCACUACGGGAGCAUGGAAGAAAAGUUGAUGAAUAUGUUAUCCCUCAUGGGGAUUGGUUUGAGAUUGUUUCAUCUCCACAUUAUCUGGCUGAGAUUGUAAGUCAUAUACGCUGGUUUGGUGUUUGCUAGCGGAGGAGCAGACCUCACUAUUUGGUUACUUUUUGCAUUUGUGGUGGCAAAUUUGGUGCUUGCAGCUGCAGAAACACACAGAUGGUAUCUGCGUAAAUUUGACAAUUAUCCAAGCAACCGUCUUGCUGUUAUUCCAUAUAUUUAUUAGUGCUUUAUGCGAUUAUAUAUUAAAAUGUGGUGAAGAGAUUAUCAAGCGCGAUAGGCACAUAUGACAGCAUAAUACAAAAUGAUUGAGACACAUAAACAUGUCCUCCCAUUUAUGGAUGGGUAGUGACGAAUGUCUGGUACACUCAAUAAUUUAUUGUACUGUGAUGAUUUCGUGAUUAUUUGUAAAAUUCUUGAUAAACAAUCAAACUAGUGUUGGUUAUUUUGCACUGAAUUAGCCAAUAGAGAAAGAUUUUGAUGAAAA